GCCUCCUCAAUCCAAUCCUCCUCCACCACCACCACCGGAAUAUCUCUUCCUGAAUAUCUAUACAGGCCUUUUACAUAAAAUGACGACGGUAGAGACCUCAAGCGCACAGUCGACGGCGGCGCAGCAGUCGCCGUGGCACUCGCCUGUGCCGUACCUCUUCGGAGGACUUGCGGCGAUGUUGGGUCUCAUCGCCUUCGCUCUCUUGAUCCUUGCAUGCUCAUACUGGAAACUCUCUGGCUAUCUCGAUGGCGACGAAGGAGAAGGUGGCGAGAGAGACAUAGAGGCCGGCGACGGUGACAAAGAUUCCGAUAAAAACUUGAAAGCACCACCGGUCUUCGAGCAAAAGUUCCUGGUGAUCAUGGCCGGACAAGAGAAGCCAACAUUCUUAGCCACACCCAUUUCCAGCAGAGCUUCAUCGUUUGGUAGUAACAGUAGUAGCAAUGAAACGGCAGAGAAAUACGAGGAAGAGAGAGAAAAGACUAAACAAGGGAAUGAUGUUCAGGUACAGAUGGUGAACAUGGAGAGUCAUGAGACUCCAGAUCAGGUCCCUUAAUCUAAUUUUUCUUUUCUUUUUGGACGGUGAAAAAUAGGGUUUCAUGUGGUAUGAUGGGUAUGAAGGGCUCUUUGUAACAGGUUUUUGAUUUGGCCUGUGUGAGUUCCUGAAUUUGAGGUUGCAUGUUAGAUUUUUCACUUUAUUUUUUGUUUUAAUUUCGGAAUGUAAAUAUUUUUUGGAGAAUAGAAUGAAAGACUUAGCUAUUCUUCUUC